GACUCCGAAAAGCCGUUGGUCGUGAGAGCAACCCAUCCAUCCAUCCACCUCAAAACAACAUUAUGCUCCACAUUUUUUCAUUUUAUUUGCUUAGAAUCUGUCUGUGUUGCCAAUAUGAAGAAGCAAAACUCCAGAAAUCACAACCAUCUAGCCCAGAGAAGAAACUGGGCUGAAAUAUUGUGUUUCGCUUGCGCGUGCCUACAGCUCUCCUGGCGGCGCGUGGUGGUCCGCAAGUGGCUCAACAUCCCUACCACCAAUUCGGAUUACUCUGCGGAUACCGAUUCUGGCUCGGAUUCCGAACCAGAAUUCUGUAAUUGCCCGAUAGACCAUCGUUUCGGGAUUGAUAACCUAGAUGAACCUCAACUGGAUUCUAAUGAUGUUCUUCCCAGGAUAAGAAGACGAAAAUCAGAGAUGCUUAGAGCUCAGUACAUUAACGCAAAGGAAAUCAGUUGUGCUAUUUUGAUUUCCACUUUCGUCUUGGGCUCUACUAGAGUAUGUGCUGCCACAUGGAAUGUAGGGGGACGAGUUCCACCUGAUGACUUAAAUCUUGAUGGAUGGUUAGACAUUGAUGAGCCUGCUGAUAUUUAUGUGAUUGGCCUUCAGGAGAUAAUACCAUUAAAUGCUGGUAAUAUAUUUGGCGCGGAAGACAAUCGUCCAGUCUCCAAAUGGGAAAACAUAAUACGAGAAACCCUGAACCAAGUUCCGCCUGUGAAUAAGUUCAAAAGCUUCAGUGAUCCUCCUUCCCCGUCAAAAUUUAAACCAUCUGAAGAUGCCCCGAACAUCGAAGAUGAAAUUGCACUUGGAUCUGACAGUGAUGUUGAGGAGGAAGUUUAUCCUUUGAAUGAGGAAUCAAAUGGUGUAGAGGGAAUCAAGUACGAGAUCUUCAAAGAACAAAAAUCUCUAUGCGAUAGUUUGGAUGUCUCCCAUGGAUUUGAUAACUUAACAUACUCAGUUGACCAAGAGUUCAAGCUGCAGUUUUCUUCUGCAAACAAACUGGACAAAUACAAUUCAGAAGCUGGGGACACACAGUAUACCAAGAAACUUACCAAAACACUUAGCGGUACAGAAAGGAUAGGGCUAAGCUGGCUCGAGCCCUCUCUUCCUCUAUUAGCUCAUCAUGGUUUUGGUAUAGCUAAUUCCUUCAAACCCUCUAAGUCCUUGAAAGCUUCCAAAUCUUUCAACAGAUACAGUUCUUUCAAAUCAAAAGCGAAUGCGGAAAAUAGAAUGCAAUUUGACUUAUCUCAGCUUUCCGAACAUGACCUUGAAUCUCUAAUUAAACGGAAGAGAAGGCCACCGUAUGUCAGAAUCAUAAGCAAGCAAAUGGUUGGUAUCUUUAUUACCAUAUGGGUCCGAAGGAGCUUGCGGAGGCAUAUUCAUAACUUGAAUGUGACUACUGUUGGUGUAGGCGUCAUGGGUUAUAUUGGCAACAAGCACACUAAAAGCUGUAUCAAAUAUAACAUAUUUCAUCUGGGCCUUAGGAGAAUAAUUUGGCUGGGUGACCUAAACUAUCGCAUCAAUUUGCCUUACGAGCUAACAAGAGAACUGAUUUCCAAUAAGAACUGGUCGAUGUUACUCGAGCGGGAUCAGCUCAUAAAGGAGCUAAGAAAAGGCCGUGUAUUUCAUGGAUGGUCUGAGGGUUCUUUGAACUUUGCUCCAACUUAUAAAUAUGAACUGAACUCCGACGCCUACUGUGGAGUGGAUCCAAAGGCUGGAAAGCGAACUCCUGCAUGGUAUGCAUUAUUGCUGGUCUUAAUAUUCCUGUGUGAUCGUAUUCUGUCUUUUGGAACUGGAAUGAAGUUGGUUAGCUACAGAAGAUCCGAACUCAAGCUGUCUGACCACAGGCCCGUGACCGCGACUUACCUUGUGGAAGUUGAAGUCUUCUCACCUCGAAAAUUGCAACGGGCACUCACUUUCACUGAUGCAGAAAUUGAAGAACAAGAUGUCACAGAGGAUACUUCGUUUCUGAAGGGUGUGGGACAUCAUCGAAGAUUUUGAAUCGGAUGCAUCCAAUCAUCAUUUGAAGUUUUUAUUUACACAGAUCCAUUCUUUCGAUUCUUUAUAUAUUUGAUCACGAAUGAUAUAUGAGUUGUGAAUUAAAUCUGUAAAUGGCUCUGUGCAUGUAUAUGUGUUCUACAUUUCGAUGUUGACAUUAGUCAGGUCAUAGUGAAAUGGUGAAGUCAAUGGGUUAUGGUUUCAUUGACGGAGCUGUGAUUUUAGACUGUUGUUUUAUGGGGAUUCUUUUAGGUUUAAUCCAGGACUUGUUCGGGUUUAAAUUCAGUGGAGUUUGUAUGUACCUAGACAAUAGGUUAAAUGAUAUAUGAAUACUACUCUUUGAAAUAUCUAAUGUAUCUCUUUUCUCGCCA